AAAACCAAACAGUUUAACACAGUCUGCUUUCUUAGAGAAGCUACAGUUUAAAGAUUUAAGACCUUUAAGCCAACAAAGACACUGGAUUCACCCCUUCCCCACCCAGAACUAUAAAAGUGAAGUGAAAAACUCCCAGUACUGUAGUAUAAGAAGACGCCUCAGGGAUCAAGAUGAAGAGGUUCUACCUCUUUUUUGUGGCCUGCAGCUGCUACUUUUUCACUUUGGCAUUUGCAACCCAGAAGCAUUCAGCAAACAGUCUUUUACCUAGUUCCUAUAGAGUGGACUUGGACUGUGGAGAACCAGGAACACCUACAGCCCAUGUGUGUUCUGAUCCCUGUGUUAACUAUACCACACUUAAUGAAGCCUGGAGAAGCUUGAACCAAACAGUUAACAAGAAGAUGUGUGAUGCUGAUAAAGAAGGCUGGUAUCGGUUUUCCGGUCCAGGUGGGGUACGGAUACCAGAGAAAUGUGUGGCAGUUAAUAGAUGUGGUACAGAUGCUCCAGUGUGGCUGAAUGGGACCCAUCCAUCAAAAGAGGAUGGUAUUGUUAGUCGCACAGCCUGUGCUCACUGGAGCAAUAAUUGUUGCCUCUGGAAUACAGUGGUGAAGGUGAAGGCUUGUGCUGGGGGAUUCUAUGUCUACAAGCUAAAUGGCACUCCUGAGUGUGACCUGGCGUACUGUACAGACCCCAGCACUACCGAUGAUAAGCCUGAGCCAACAUGUGAUCCCAGCUGUUCCCCCCAAGAGGAAUGCCAACUUGUCAAUGGCACCUGGGGCUGUCACUGCAGAAAAGAUCUCAAUAUUUCUGGUGUUGACAGCUUGCGCCCUCUACUGAAAUGUGGAGCCAAUGAUAUCCAAUUGUCUCUGGACAAGUGUCAACUGGAGAGUUUGGGGUUAACAGGAAAGAUAUUUGGAUACCUCAAAGACCGAAACUGCAGUGGUUUUUUGAAGACAAAUGAGAGGAACUCGCUGACAGUGGUGAGCCCCACACAGGUUGGAGCCUGUGGAACAAUUCUGGAGAGAAAUGAAACUCAUGCUAUUUAUAAAAACACCCUGACCUUGGCCAACCAGUUCAUCAUUAGAGACAGCAUUUUCCAAAUUGACUUUCAGUGUGCCUACCCCCUGGAUAUGAAAGUCAGCCUCCAAACAGCCACGAAACCCAUUGUCAGUGCUCUGAACAUUAGUGCCACUGGCUCAGGAAAAUUCCUAGUGAGAAUGGCUCUCUUCCAAGACAAGAAUUACACCACCCCUUAUGAAGGUUCUACUGCUGUAUUGUCUGUUGAAGCCAUGCUCUAUGUGGGUGCCAUUUUAUAUCAAGGGGACACCUCCCAGUUCAACCUAGUGAUGAGGAACUGCUAUGCUACACCCAGUAAAGAUGCAACUGACCCUUUGAAGUAUUUCAUCAUUAAGAACAGCUGCCCAAACUUAUACGAUUCAACCAUCAGAGUGGUGGAAAAUGGGGUGUCUUCACAAGGUCGCUUUUCAGUUCAAAUGUUUAUGUUUGCUGGAAAUUAUGACCUUGUCUACCUGCACUGUGAAGUUCAUCUCUGUGACAAAUCGAAAGAACAAUGUCAUCCAUCUUGCUCUGGAGCUCAACAACGCAGUGAAGUUACAAUCAACACAUCUCAUGUUCUGAAUUUGGGACCUAUCGCCCGGAGAGUAGAUUCCUCAUCAGUCCCUGUCAAAAGUGGAGCCACCAGCCCCUUAGGGUUCCUAAUGAUCGGGCCAGGGUUGCUGCUGUCUAUCCUUGGAAUUUUGCUGUUCCAUUAAUCUAGCCAGAUAUCUUGGCUAUAGAAAUGGUACUCUCUUCUAUCAAAUGAAGCUCGUGCAUCCUGGAUAUUGCCUUUUAACGCUCCAAAGGACAUAGAAAAUAUGGUUUAGUAAUAGUUGUGAAGUAGGAGCAAAUAUGUAGUAUUUCUCUCUUUAAAAAAAAUUAACUGAAUUAGUCAGUGCCUUUAUUUUAUUUCUUUUUCAGAGAGCCUUACAUAUCUAUUUUGGUCUGUGCCUCAGUGAACCCUUUAAGGAGGGCUCUCUAGUGCCUGGCAUGGUGGGAAGAAUCUGCAUGCUAGAACAAGGCUUUAUCUCAACCUUGUCCUGAAUCUAGGAAUGACACAAGGGUCUUCUUAUGUUAGUCUUUAGCCCCAAUGUGGAGGUGGGCUGAAUUAUUGACUAGAGCUGCUUGGUUAUGGAUGCAGAGAUCUAAGUGUGAACUAAUGGUCCAGUUCCCCUUGAUGCAUCCCCAUCUACCUCACACUAUGAAAUUUCCUUAGCUUGAGAUGUUAAGGGGUGACCUAGGCUAGAGCUGAGAAAGCUAUGAAUUGCCCUUCCCACCCCCUCACAAGCACUCUAACCUCCAAUUCUGGUUAACAAGACUAUAGAAUCAUAAAUAGCUACUAAAGUGGAAUCCAGCCUGAUUCUAGGGUAAAGUUUAAUAAACAUUCAUCAAGCAUAUGAUCCAAGUGGCCUGAAUGGGCAGUGUUCGUUGCUCUCAAAACCUCCAAAGGAGAGAAAGCAGUAGAAUGUAAUAGUGUUGAAUUUGAAAUGACUAGAUUUGUUUUUUCACUUGGGGCAGGUAUAGUAGACAUGUUUCUAUUUCUUAACAUGUAACAUCAACACAGAUUUAUAAACACAGACUCUCCAAGUCUCAGUUUCCUUAAAUACAAAAUGAGGACAUGAAAGCAAAUGAUUAUAAGACAUAUUCCUGCUCUAAAUCCCGUUACAUGUGCAGUAUCCUGAGAACCAAAGUUCUUGGUAGAACUUUUCCUGGUCCCAGGAAAGGUUAAUAUAAUCAUAUAGGAAACAAACCAUUUCUCUGGUGGCAUGGGACAUCUGAAAACAAUUAGCUUAAAAGCUGAGAUCUAAUGGUGGGGCUGGGAGUGGGGGUGGGGAUGGGAAAUGAUUCAGUACAACAUCACCUCCUGCCACCACAUGAUAUAAAAAAACAAUGAUAAGAAUACAUGUUUAUUACAAAGUGCUUUAACAAAAGUUCAUUUGAAUCUCAUAAUAGUGUUAUUAGGUAUGUAUUGCAAUUCUAAUAUCCAUUUUACAGAUGAGAAAACUGGGGUUUUCUUGGGGGUUACAUAGUAUUGGAAUGGGAACAUAUUCUUUAAACUCCAAGUUUAAUGCUCUUCCUACCAUACCACACUGGUCUAAAGGAAGAAUUGGUUGGAGUGGUGUCUUUGUGAUGCUUGUAUUUCUGGACACAUAGUUCCAAACUACUAGAUGUCCUUUUUCAUUUCUCUAUUAUGUCAUUCUUCUAUUAAAAUGGAUACAACUUAGGACAUGCAGUCAGAAAGACCUGAGUUCAAAUUCUACCUCUGAAAUUUAAUGAACUGUUUGACUUUGGGUGUCAUUUAAUCUCUGUCUCAGUUUCUUCAUCUGUAAAAUGAAAAUAAUAAUGCCAUUAUUAUAAUAGAUGCUAUCUACAUUGUAGAGUUGUGCCAGCUAUUAUUAUUAAAUUUGCCUUUUUUUCCUCCAAAGAAAAUGAAGGGAUAAAAGCUUUCACAACCAGCUAGAGGUACAAUUUGAGACAUGGCGUCUUUAUUUUCUCUUUAGUUUCCUUUUCUGUAAAAUUUGGAUAAUGUCUGCCUGGCCCACGUUGCAACACUGUUGAAAAGAUCAAAUGAGAAAAUUCAUAUGAAAGAACUUUGAAAAGUAUAAAGCAUUCUACAAAUACAAUGUAUUAUUAUUAUUAUUUCUCCCACAAUAGAAUUGUUGCAAGAGGCCAUCAGUUCUUCUUACAAAAGAUGAAUACCAUAGCUAUGGCAUGAUUAAUGGGAUGCCUCCUACCAAUCUAGUCAUUAUUGUUAUCAGAAUUUUAUUCUUAAUAAAGUUAAUAACAAUGGUUUGUAGUAAUAAUAAAAAAGUACAGUAAAUUCAGUUCUUUUUAUGCAAUUGCAUUAUGUAACAUUGGGUUUAUAGCAAAAAGAGUUUUUAAAAUCAUCUAGUUUCAUGCCCUCAUUUUAUGGAUAAGAAAACUGAACCUCAGAGAGAUUAAAUGAUUUAUCCUAGGUCACACUGAGUGAUAAUUCAAAUCCAGUCACUUUGAUUCAAACUCUACCACAUUCUACUUCCUCUGCCUUCUCUCUUUCCUUUUUUGCACUGGCACUUAGGAGGGGUAUUUUCUUUUAGAUACCAUGUGAUUUCCAAAGCUAAAGCUUGAAGGGAAUAAAUGAAAAAUUGACUUUCUUGAAUACAACGAAAAUGGCUAUUUUCCUGGUCUGCCAUCAAAACUCACCCACACCAAUCUUGACUGGACAAAUUCUUGGCAGCAUGAAGAAGAGUCCAAUGUGAUAUUAGUGCUCUCUCAAUGCCACCUACUGGUUUGCAUUGGAAAGUUCCUUCCUCAAACAUGAUAGACAUGUUUCUGUUUCUUAACAUUUAACAUCAACACACAUUUAUAAAUUGUAAAGCUGGAAGAAACUUCAGGUAACAUGUAGUACAAUCUAUCAUUCUGAAGGCAGGAAUCACAUUCGUAGAAGUGAAAUCACUUCUACCACAGAAAGUGGUAGAAAAUAAUAGCUCCUAUUUAUUUUGUGUUUCAUACCAUAUUAAGCAUUUUCCUUGUAAUGGCCCUUUGAGGUAGGGAGUUUAAAAAUUAGCAUCUUCAUUUUUCAGAUGAAGAAAAUCCCGAUCUCCUGACUUAAAGUUCAAUGACUUUCAUGCUAUCCUGAAUCUCUGAGUCACAGGAUCUUGGACUUCUAGUCCAACACUUUUAUGAGGAAACAUUAUUUUAUGUUUGAUAAGGAUACUGAGGCCCAGAAAUGUUAAAAGACUUAUACAAGCUCAAAUAGCUAAUAACUUUCUGAGAUAGCAGGACAAUGUGUCCUGCUUCAUUCUCCAAACCAGUAAGGUAAAAAGGAAUUUUUUUCUCGAAGGAGUGGAUAGAUCUGAUGCUGAAGAUUGAACAUACUUCAAAAAUCUGAUUAAUUAGGGGGAUACUAUUAUCUCCAUUGUUCAGAUAAGACAAAUGAGACCCUAAAAGGGGAACCUGGAAUUCUGCCUUUUAGUUUAGGGAUUUUUCUGCUGUACAAGAGUUUGAGUUUAAAAUGCUUUUUCCUCACUGCAAUUAUUACAGGAUCCUGGCAGUCCUCUUCUUACAGAAGAUGAAUGAAUCUCAUGGUCACAACAUGAAAAUGCUAGCAUGUUUUCUGCAAAUUAUUUUUAGGGUCCAGAAGAAUCUCCUUUUAGUAUCAUUCCUGAGGACAAAAGAGUAUGCUUAUGUAUAUAAGUAAUUCCCUUGGGUUCCCACCAUGUUUAGGUGAAAAGACUUUCAGACUGUGAGUGACUGAGAAAGUCCUUUCUCACAACAACAAUGACAAGAAUAAGGAGAACAAUGUAGUGCAUGAAAUGCUGGAUUUGUAGCCAACAUGACAUGGACUCAAAUCCUCUUUCAGAAAGUUAUUUUUAUGAUUCCUGUGCAAGGGAUUUAACUUUUACACGUCUUAGUUUCUUCAGCUUCAAAAUGAGAGGGUUGGACUAGAUGGCCUCCAAGGGUCCUUUCCAGAUCUAGAUUUAUGAUUUUACAUUGCAGUUCUAAAGUGUAUCCCUGAAACAAUGUUUCUAGCACCAGGGAAAGCUCCUCCAUUUUGUAGGUAGCUGAAGUGGGCAAGGGUUGGUUAUACAUUGCCUAGGAAAACAGUCUAAAAUAUUGCUCCCUUCAUUCUUUUAGCAUUUCUUUAAGAGAAAUCACACUUUCAUAGAUUCUAAGGGCUAGAAGGGACAUUAGCAAUCAUGUAGUCUAAUACUCUAAUUUAAUAGUUGAGGAAACAAAUUCAGGGAGUAAAAGGACUGGUCCAAUGUCAGAGAAAUAGUAAGUGAUAGAGUUGUGUGGUUCUUGACCAAAUCCAGUGUUCUUUCCACUAUGUUAAGCUCAUCUGUUUUCCAAUCGCUAAGCAAUGGAAUCCAGAGUUCAAAAUAAAGGUCAACAUUAUUCUCUGAA